AUGGACUCUAAAUUCUCCCCGGCGAUUCUUUCGAAUGCUGUACCACCCUAUGGUCAUGUCAUAGCGAACGAGAAGUGGAGAGGUUCUGCUCUGGUACAGAAUUUUAAAGGAAAUGUUAAGGUUAUUUUCGAAGAGGAGCCCGGAGUAGUGGAUUUUUACCUCAGUAAUAAAAGCUGCAUCAUCUAUGUGUCUGAAGGCGAUUUGGUGGCUGGAAACUAUUACAAGAGGAGAAUUGUUCGAUUUAGAAAUGCUAACAGCAGUCUCCAGGGAAUUAUUAUUGUGGAGAAGACCCAUCUCAGUGAGCAGUAUUUUCCGAGUAUGCAAAAGUUCGUGGUGCUUGAGCUGGGUUUGACUUUGCUGCCUGUUGCCAGUCAGGCUGAAGCCUCGCAGCUUAUUGGACAUCUGGCUCUCACUGAGGGUAAGGACAACCCGUUCCGUCGGAGGAGCACGUCAAGGUUGCUGGAGCCCGUGGUGUUGGCACUGGUGCAGCAGAUCCCUGGCGUCGGGAAAGUGAAAGCUCAGGCAUUGCUCCAUCAGUUCUCCAGCAUCCAUCAGCUCAGCACCACCUCCAUCUCUGACCUGGAACCCAUCGUGGGGCAGGCUGCAGCUCAGCACAUCUGGGGGUUUUUCCAUCAUCAGCUGGACUAG